AUGUAUUUCCCGAACGAUACCCCGGCCCCGGUAAAGCUUCCCCGCUAUUUUGCGGAAAACCCCGGAAUUAAAGCUCGCCCUAAACGUAACGGGUUUAACGAUUUUACGUUAAUAAAUUGCAUUAAAAUUUAUACGCAAAACGUUCGAUUUUGUUGGAAUAUUUACGCCCAAUUUUACAAUAACGCUACCAAAUUCGUUAAUCGUUAUAACAAAUACUUUAAAAAGGUUACCCCCGCUAAUUUUUCGCAAAUUGGUAACGGCAACGGUAACGGUAAAAUUACGGGUUUAGCCGGGGUUGCUGCGGCGGCAACGGGGGCGGUAAAAAGGGUGUCGGCGGCGCCCGGGGUAACGAUUAAAAAAGCAACCGCUGCUAUAUUCCUUCCCCCUUUUUAA